CGCCGCGCCCGUCGGACAUGCUCUCGCUGGCGCUGGCGCUGCUCCUGCUGGGCGCGCUGUACGCGUACGGCACGCGCAACUUCGCGUACUGGCGGCGCCGCGGCGUCAAGCACGAGCCGCCGCUGCCCUUCCUCGGCAACAACGCGCGCAACUACUUCAUGCGCCGCAGCACCACGCAGCUGGCCACCGAGCUGUACCGCAAGUACCCGCACGAGCGCGUGGUGGGCUUCUUCCGCGCCAACCGCCCCGAGCUGCUCAUCCGCGACCCCGAGCUGGCGCGCCGCGUGCUGGCGGCGGACUUCCGCUGCUUCUACCCGCGGGGCCUGCUGCCGCGCGGCCGCACGCCCGAGCCGCUGCUGCGCAACCUGUUCUUCGCGGACGGCGACCUGUGGCGCCUGCUGCGCCAGCGCAUGACGCCCAGCUUCAGCGGCGGCAAGCUGCGCGCCAUGUUCCCGCUGGUGGUCGAGCGCGCCGAGCGCCUUCGCGAGCGCGUGGCGGGCGGCGGCCUUCUGGACGCACGCGAGCUCAUGGCGCGCUACACCACCGACUUCAUCGGCGCCUGCGGCUUCGGCCUCGACAGCGACUCGCUGCGCGACGAAGACUCCGCCUUCCGCCGCAUCGGCGCCAAGAUCUUCCAGAUCGGCGCCGCCGAGAUGUUCGUGGCCGCGCUGCGCGAUAUGUUCCCGGCGCUGUUCGGCGGCGUGAAGGCGCUGUGGCGCGUCGAGAAGGACUUCCGGCGCCUCGUGGCCGACGUGCUGGCGCGGCGCGGCCACCGGCCCAGCGGCCGCGGCGACUUCGUGGACCUGCUGCUGGAGUGCCGCGCGCGCGGCCGCAUGCAGGUGGACUCGCUGGAGCGGCCCGGCGAGCUCGCGACGCUGGAGAUGGACGACGACAUCGUGGCGGCGCAGGUGUUCGUGUUCUUCGCGGCCGGCUUCGAGACGUCGUCGUCGGCCAGCAGCACCACGCUGCACGAGCUGGCGCACCACCCCGCCGCGCAGCGCCGCGCGCAGGCCGCGGUGGACGCCGCGCUGGCGCGCCACGGCGGCCUGUGCUACGCCGCCGUGCGCGACAUGGCGUACCUGCACUGGGCGCUGCUCGAGGGCAUGCGCGUGUUCCCGUCGCUGGGCUUCCUGCUGCGCGAGAGCGCGCGCCCCUACCGCUUCGAGGCGCUGGGCCUGGCCAUCGGCGCGGGCGUGCGCGUGCUGGUGCCGCUGCAGGCGCUGCACAACGACCCGCAGUACUGGGACCGCCCCGACGAGUUCCGGCCCGAGCGCCACGACCCCGCGCGCGCCGACCCGCGCCGCAAGCUCGUGUACAUGCCCUUCGGCGACGGGCCGCGCGCCUGCAUCGGCGAGCGCCUCGGCCUCAUGCAGUCGCUGGCGGGGCUGGCCGCCGUGCUGUCGCGCUACAGCGUGCGGCCCGCGCCCGGCGCGCCGCGCCGCCCCGCCGUGGCGCCCGCCUCGGGCGUGGUGCAGAGCGUGGUGGGCGGCCUGCCGCUGCUGUUCGAGCCGCGCGAGCGGCCGGUCGCCUAGUGGCCGCGCCGGCGACGCCGCGACGCGGACACAAUACCGGGAACUGUUCUUCGCUGCGCUGAUCACCCGGGAAAGGAUGUGUGUUUGUAUAGUGCAAAAUUCUGUUUGAAAAAUACCUUCAAAGGCAGAAAAAAACUACUCAAAUGUGGUUGUUACUUGUGACUUAGGUAUGAUUUAAUUUUUUGCUUCGGAUCAUAGUUUUUUAUUAUACUUGUGAGUCAGCUAGUUACUAAUUGAAUUCAAUCAUCUGUUGCAUGCACGAACAGAUGUUUCGUUUUUCAAUCCUCACUCAACAAUUUAGGCUAAUUCAAAUUCAAAAACUUUUAUUUAUUUAUUUCUUGCUUUAUGUGUACAUAUAUAUAUAUACAACACAAUAGCUACUACAAGUAGAUGAACAUGAAGCCCCGGCAGGGCAUUGCAAUAGAGUCGACAUUAAUUUAAAAUUAUUAUUUCGUGUACGUCUCCUUUGGGCUAUUUAGGUAUCAUAAUAUAUGGAGCCCUAGCAUUAUAUUAUACAGACUGUAUAUGUACCUAGCAGAGGUUGGUCUUUGACAACUUGUUCUAAAAGUGCUGGUGUUAUAAGUGAUAAUAGUAGUUAUGUUUGCGUUAUAACAUAUGACAAUGUUUUAAUUGUGUUUAUGAGUCUUGUUUCAACUGAUUAAAUAAAAGAGCAACGGUAGAGGUCUUCUCUGCCGAACACAGCAUUCCGAACUGUUAGUAGAGUCAAUUCAAGGUACCUAACAAGUAAUAUGAAUUAUAGAGAAGCUUAACAUACCUACAGUAGGUAUUAGUCUGUCCAGUUGUUUUAUUUUACUCCUUGGGGAGACAGGGUUAUAGAUUACAGAGCGACAACACUGUUCUAAUGCAGGUUGGUGGGCUUUAAUAAUAUCAUUUAAAAAAAUACUAAGUUAAUAGUAUUUCAUAAGUAAGAUAGAAUAAUAUUAUCAUCCUGAACAUUGCUUGUCUUGAAGUUAAUAUUUGUGUUUCCCAUUCACUAGUUCUUAAGAAAACCCUUAAGAUUAGCACAGACUUAUUUGAAAUUCGAUGGAGUAGGUACCACUAUAUUUACCGACGAAAAAUGUUUUAAGUCGAGCCAACAUAAGGAUGCUUAAUUUGUCGAGAUAUACGGAAGACCACAUAGUGCCCAAUUUCAGUUUUGGACACAUCUCUGCCAAUCUAUGGGGCUGGAUGUCAGCGGAUGAAGAAGGCGAGCUCGUUCUUCUUCCUUCAAGGGCAAACGCAACACACUAUUUGUCUGUUUUAGAAGAGAGUAUGCUACCAAGUGUGUUAAUACUCAUCUCCAAUCUCGUCAGCAACUUGUGGUUUGUAAGAAAGUACGUUUCAAUGACUCGCAAUUAAAGUGGUUGUUCGUUUUACUUUCCUUUAUAAACAAUUACUUCUUCUCAUAAUUAGGUGUAAGAGAACAGAAUGCCUUUUAAACUUCUACCAACUGUACUUUUAAGUUUUAACCAUGCUUGUUUUUUCCACCAUCACCGGUUAAUUCCCCUUUUUUUUCCCCCACUGAGAUUGACAUUCCGCCUACCAAGACCUACACUUUUCGUUCAGGAAUCGGGAAUCCUAACUGAUUCUUAGUACUGAUUAUUACAAUUUGUUUGUUUGGAUGUUUUAUUUAUUUAUAUUUAUUCCAAAUGUUAGUCCAUAUUAUAUUAAUAGUAUUGAUAUUGGCCGGCUGGCUGCAUAUUAACUUAUAGUGUUGCGAUAAAAGCGAUGGGAAAAUAGAAAUAAAAGGACCAAAUAGGCUUUACCACUGCCGAAUUAUUUGGGAAAACACUAGAGGCACUCGUCCACGCAUCUAUGCUCUCGUCUAGAGGGUUCUAUGAGAAAUAAGUUACAAUGUGUUAUUUAAUGGUGGUUAUACCUACCCGUUAUUAAAAAUAAAUGUCAUAAAACUUA